AUGAAGGUCUCUCUAAUCUUCUCCAUCUGCGUCGUGAUCCUUGCUCAAGCCAAAAAUCCAGCGUUCAAAAAAUUGACAAAACAAGAGAAUGAGAAGCGUCUCGUGGAGUGUGGAAGCCCCGGUGGUUCUUCUCCAAAGGACUCAUGGAUAGGCCGCCUGGUCAUUGAUGGCAAAGUAUACGACGAGUACCUAGGUGUUCUGAUUUCCUCUCGCCACGUCGUAUUCUCAAAGAAUCAUUUACAAGAAAUGGGACCGGAUAGUAUGGCCAGUUGUAAUUUCGCAAUGACUCCAUGGUCGAAAAGCCGUGUUGUUGAAUUCCCGAAUGAUGUGACCGGUGUGAUUUCGGAUAAGGUGUUCUUCUUUGGAUCUUGCAGCCCACUGAGCGGAAUUAUUGUUGUGGAAUUGGAGAAGGACUUGGAACGAGUUCCUAUUUGUUUUGCAGAUCGCGAAACAUAUAAAGGACAAUCGGAUAGUUUUAUCAAAUUCAAGAUAGUUGAAGAAAUGUCUCGAUCAAUCAGCGGUCGUGACGGAAUCGUUGAAGUAGGAGAAGAAAUGGCUGAAUGUACUCAAGGGAAACGGACCGAGUACUGCAUGAAAGACGAUUUUAUCCAGAAAAUGGACCGAGAGGGCCCUCAACCAGCUUAUCCAAUUGAUGUGCAUCCGAUUUUUGGAGGAGCAAUUUCGAAUCCAAUUACGAUUUUGCAAAAUUAUAAAGAAACGGCUUUCGGACUGACUAUUGAAUAUGUCAAGUAUGAGAAAUUGAUUAUUCAUGGUUUCAAGGAGCAUCUUGAAGAGGUGUGCCAAUGGGUUGGAAUUUGUGCAGAGGGUGACUACAAAACUGCACAAUCUGAAUCCAAGAAUCUGAAUCAAAUCGAAGAGAAACCAUCGGCAGCUGCAUUGGAAGCGAGCGGAAAUUCGAUGAAGGAAGCUGGAAUUAUUUGGAUUUUUGUGAUUAUUCUUAUGUAUUACGUAUAA